CCUCACCCCCCCCCCAUGAGGUUCACUAGUAAUCUGACAGCAAUCAUCCCUCAGCUUGCCUUCAGGAAAUUGAAUUAUUAUAAAGAGGAAUUAAACUCCAGCCUUCUUUCCUUUUUCAGCCCCAGGGUCUGCUCUAUAAGUUUAAAUAUUAAUAAAUAGGCUUAAAACAAUGAGUCACCCUUAACUACCUCCCCACCCCAAUUAGAGAAAAAAAGGGGGGGGGAUCUUUAUACAAGCAAGCUUAUAUGUUGGUUCUGCUGCUAGUUCUUCAGUUUUAAAAAUUGCAGUUCUUUGAUAGUGGGUUACUUUACACAUAUUUUAGCUUUAGUGGGCCAGGGUAACAACCAGGGUGCCUUCUUUAGGCCAGAAGCACCAAUUGCACCAAUAUUUACUUAUUUAACCAAUUUAUAUGACCAGCUACUUACAAUGUGCCCUACACCGGCUUGAAGCUCUUGAAGCAUAUCUGAAGGCAACAGCUGGUCAAAAUGCGGACAAGAAUGGACACUCCUCAUUAUACCUACAGGACAUGGUUGCUUUGUGUGCUGUACAGUAAUCCUCAAUUUGUGACACACAAUCGAGUCCCAGAUUUCUGUCGUUAAGCGAGACAAUUGUUAUUGCCCCGUCAUACCACCUUUCUUGCCCCAGUGUUAAGUAAAUUUUCUGCAGUUGUGAAGUCGGCAACACGGUUGCUAAGUAAAUCUGGCUUCCCCAUUGACUUUGGUCGCAAAAGGGGAUCACCUCAUCCCGGGAUCCUGCAGCCAUUACAAAUAACGAACCAACUGCCAAGCGCCCAAAUUUUGACGAACACAGGGAUGCUUGCGACGGUUGUAUCCGGCUUAGGACCACAACUGAGCCCCAAAUGUUCUGCUGCUAAGCGAGACAGCAGUGUUCAGAUGCUUGACAGCUGACUCACAUUUAUGUCGGUUGGCAGCAUCCCCGGGGUCACGCGAUCCCCUUGGGCAGUUUUCUGACCAGAACUAAGUCAACGGGGAAGCCCAAUCGACUUAACAACCGUGUUACUAAUUUAACAUUUGUGAGAAAAGUCGUAAGGCGGGGCGAAGCUCCCUUAACAAAUUUCCCACUUAGCGGCAGAAACGUCGGGCUCAACUGUGGUCGUAAGCCGAGGUCCAAAGGCUGUUGUGCAUCCGUUUAUCCUCUGGCUCUUGGCCUGGAAGGGAAGCGUGAGUUAGGUGUGCGAGGGUUCCAAAUGGGGGCUGGGCUGUUCUUGGGUAAACUGACAGAAUAUUAGGUUGACCAGUAAAACCUGGUGGCCUGCCUUAGUCCGGAUGUUGACUUUCUCUAAUGGCCACUACUAAACCAUCGUAAAUCGCCUUCUGCUGUCACAGAGAUCACGGCCGCUUCUUUGGGAAAUCAAGUUAAAUAUUCAAGUGGCUCUUGGCUAAGAGCGGUCAUUUAACAGCCAUUGAAAGUUUCAAUUGAUUAAAAAAAAAAACUGGUCAAAAUUAGGACCAUGGUCACACGAUCAAGUUACUGGCACCGGGCAACCGGCUCGCAUUUACGACCAGUUGUGGCUUUGUGUAACCGCAAUUUACAGUGUUUUGGGGUGAUUUCUGGCACAAGAUCCGGUUUAAAGGAAAGGAUUUGCCUUCAGGACCACAUGGUUGCUUAACGAUCCUUUGGUGACUGCCGUUAACAUGAUCACAAAGAGAAGCUUAAUAUCAAGUCCGGUCGCUGGCAACAGCUUUUGGCUGAUACUUUGGUCUUUGCUAUGGUUAGAUGAACCAUGACCAUAGUUGACAAGACGGCCGAGUCCUCCAAGGCCUCUGCUUCUGAGAAGCAACCUUUCAACUCCGUGGCGCCAGCUUCCGGUGACAUGGACUCGGGCUCGGCAGGAUGGGUCGCUGUGUCUUCUUCGUUAGAGGCUCCAAAACACAAGAGCUCAAUGGGGCCAGUGCCAGGAGCCGCCCUGUAUUCCAGCACAUCGGGACCAGAUAAAUGCAAGCCUUCCGCCAAAGAGCUGGUGAUCGGUGACGGGAUCGCAGCCCCCCAGAAAGUCCUUUUCCCAGCAGAGAAAAUUUGCUUAAAAUGGCAAAAGAUGCAUCGGGUCGGGGCUGGUCUCCAAAACCUGGGCAACACCUGUUUUCUGAACUCUGCUCUGCAGUGUCUGACAUACACCCCUCCCCUGGCCAACUACAUGCUCUCCUACGAACACUCCAAAACCUGUCAUGAACAAGGAUUUUGCAUGAUGUGCACCAUGCAAGGUCACAUCAACCAAGCUCUUUCCAAUUCCGGCACCGUCAUCAAGCCGAUGUCUGUCAUAAAUGAUCUUAGACGAAUAGCAAAACAUUUCCGUUUCGGUAAUCAGGAAGAUGCCCACGAAUUCCUAAGGUACACGGUUGAUGCCAUGCAGAAAGCAUGUCUGAAUGGUAGCAACAAAUUGGACAGACAUACCCAGGCCACCAGUUUUAUUCACCAGAUAUUUGGAGGAUACCUCAGAUCUAGAGUAAAAUGUAUGAACUGCAAAGGUGUUUCAGAUACGUUUGAUCCCUAUUUGGAUAUUACAUUGGAAAUAAAGUCAGCUCAAAGUGUCAACAAAGCUCUGGAGCAGUUUGUCAAGCCUGAACAGCUGGAUGGAGAAAACGCGUAUAAGUGUAGCAAAUGUAAAAAAAUGGUUCCUGCAUCCAAGAGGUUUACGAUACAUCGGGCUUCCAAUGUCCUCACCUUGUCCCUCAAACGGUUUGCAAAUUUCAGCGGCGGCAAAAUCACCAAGGAAGUGAAAUAUCCUGAAUAUUUGGAUAUCCGGCCGUAUAUGUCCCAACCCAAUGGAGAACCAAUAAUUUAUGCACUUUAUGCAGUGCUCGUCCAUACCGGCUUCAGCUGUCACGCUGGGCAUUAUUACUGCUACAUAAAGGCCAGUAACGGGCAGUGGUACCAGAUGAACGAUUCCACUGUUUCCAACAGUGACAUCAGGACUGUAUUAAACCAACAAGCCUAUGUGCUCUUCUACAUCAGGACCCACGACUUGAAAAACGGUGCCGAACACAUUCAUUCAGUUCACACACCGGGACAGUCUUCUCCCCGACCAGUUAUCAAUCAGCGGGUGCUCAGUAAUAAACAGAGUACUCCAGGAUUUAUCGGACCUCAGCUCCCUCCACACAUGGUGAAGAAUUCGAACCAUUUGAACGGAACCGGAUCCCUGAAGGAAACCCCCAGCAGUACAGUGGCCAUUUCUACCAGCGCUUCCCUCGUCAAAUCUCCUUCGGCCCCUUCCUUGUCCAUCUCCAAGUGGACCAUGAACCGGUCAGCCACAGCCGCCGGCCCCCCAGAUUCCUCCAAGAAGCCAAAACUCACCCUCAGUAUUCACAACAACAAACUACCCGCUCGCCAAAGCAUCUCUCACACCAGCUGCACGGUCGAGACCCUCAGCAAGCCUGCCCCUUCCUCCACCAUUUCUAACCCUUCCGCAGUGCAGUCUACCUCAAGCAGCUCCACCGUCUCCUCGGCCGCUAACCAAGUCUCCAAGCCGAAUACCCCGGGCAAAUCCGGUUCCAAGCUGAUCAUGAACGGCAAGGCCAAGCACAGCGCCAGCAUCCUGGUCCCUUACGGAGCGGAAUCCUCCGAAGAUUCGGAGGAGGAAUCCAAAGGGCUGCUGAAGGAGAACGGCCACCUCAAAGUGCCCAACGGCAUUUUAUCGGAAAACACGGCCGGCGGGCUGGAGAACUCCUGCUUGUCCUGCCACAAGCCAGAGAAGGAAAGCCCCCAACCCGAAUUGCCCCAGAACGUCACCGUGAUGCUCUCCAUCAGCCUAAACGAGGCCCCGAAGCAGAACGGGCAAAUAAGCAAUGAUUCCACCUCCCAAGGGAAGCUGGCGAAGUUGGCAGACCGCCCCUUUCCCAAAACCAACGGCUUGCCCGGAAAAGAUUCUCCAAAAGCUUUGUCCUCCGUCCCUGAAGGGGAAGUCUCAGAUUCCUUCAGAUACAAGCAGUCGAAAACCUUGCCCGGGGACUCCAGUAGUGCUCCUGAGCCAGAGAAAUCAACGGCCGAGGAUGCUUCUGAAAAGGCCCCCGAUGCCCUUCCCAACAGUAUCCCGAGCCUGGGAAUACUUUUGGACCCCAACAUCACUUCAACCACGGAAGACCCUUGCGAAAGAAUUGCCCAGACGGAAAACAGACCGCUGGAGAACGACCGGCAGCACAGCUCCCCAGCAAGAGAAGAAGCCUCCACCUGCCCUGGAGAAGGGGAUGUUCAAGUCCUUCCUGAAAGGGCAGGUGUAUCCAAAGAGGAGGAAGCAGCUUCAGAGAAGAGUCCUGAGCCUGCUGAAGGACAGGCAGGGCCACCAGAAAAAGACACCCAGAGCCCCCAGAUGAGGUUGGACGGUGAAUCUAGGCCCCAAAAGCUAAAGACCCCCCUAAACGCGCCCGAGACAGGUCCUGAAUUCCAGGGCAACCCUCUGAGUAGUAAAGACGCCCCUUGUACCAAGAAUUUCCCCCUUCCCCAGCCCAAAAUUGUUGCCGAGAGCCAGUGUUCAAAGAUAGAAAGCAAACUGGCAGAUGGCAGCGAGCCAGUCCGAAGAAGCCUCGAAAAGCCGGGCCCGAGAUCCUCCCCGAAGGAGAAAGCCCACAGUUACAAAAAAACCGACCAAGAACAUUAUCGUCCUAAAAGGAAACGUUCCGAAAAUGAGGAGGAGGAAGAGGAGGCGGAGGCAGCGGCCGACGGGGCGGGUGGGCGGAGCCAGCCCGACGGACACUGCAGCAAGCAGAGGUGCGCUUACAGUAGGGAGCGGGUGAAGCAGCAGGACCAGCCCCGACGGGAAUACCACGGCACCAGCUACUACAGGUUCCCGGGCAGUCCCGAUCCCGCCAGGAGUUUAGGGAAGUACCCUCCUUACCAAUCCCGCAGCCGGGGCAAAACGGACUCUGAGCGGAGCAGGCCCAGUUACGGGAAAGGAGGAGAGAGGUCGUGGAGCAGGGAGAGAUACUACCAGGAGACGCCGAGGAGGUGGGACGCGUGCCGCUCGUACAGUUACUAUUACUCGGCUUCCCACCUGCCCCGGCAUAACCAGGAGAGGAAGCCGACGCAUUCCGAGAGAGACUAUAACAAGUCGAGUCAUGUUUACAGUAGCCCCUACGAUAAAUACGAUUAUUACAAAAGCCGGUCGAACCACGACCAGGAUAGGAAAAGGCGGUUUUCCCCGAGCCCCGAGGCCAGCGACUGCGCCCUCGAAAAGAAACAUCCCAAACUCAUGCCAGAGAGUUCUCCCGACGAACAAAAGGGAAGGAAGCGGAAGAAGUCGAAGAAGAAGAAAAAGUUGAAAGACAAACACAAGGAGAAGGAUGCCAGCCCCAGUUCCUUGUCUGCAAAAUGGGUAGCCCAGCAGUCUUCGCCCCCUUCAUUAUGGGGUAGCAGAGUGAAUGACCCAGUGAAUGAAUCAAAGCCACAGGAAACUGCUCUUCAGUCAAGCCACAAAGACAGACGGCAUCGCCAAGAUUCCGACCCGUCUCCCUCCAACUCCGAGGCCGAGACCCACAAACACAAACACAAGAAAAAGAAGAAGAAGAAAAAGAAGAAGCACGCAAGGAAAUCGGAAGACUGCGAGCAAGGCCCUGCCCCUCCUUCCCUCCCCAAGCCGGCUGCCCUGCAAAUCAAGAAUCUCAAAAACUGGGAGACGACGCCCAAACCGCCUUUGGAGGCUUGUCGGAAACACGGCGCGACGACGUCUUGCAAAGAAACUCCGGCCGUUUGGCGGAAAUCAAAAGCCCUGGAAAGGAGCAACAGGGACGGCGGCUUCAAUCCACUGAGAGAUCAGAACAGUGAUCCGGAAUGUCCGUUGGAAGUCCAGCUUAUAGUGUAUUUAUAAACCGAAAAAGGGGGGGGGGAAACCAACCCUACAAACUCUUUAAUUCAUAAUUGGUGCUUCAGAAAAUACUGUACAGGAUUUUAUCAUUGAAGAAAGCCCCACUUUUUUUUUCUUUUUUGGUUUUUACCUUGAGUCUUUCUUCUUUUUUUAAAAAAAAAAACAACAAACAAGCAAAAUUCUCCUUGAUCCCCAAACACAAGAGGAUGAUGGACAUGUUUCUACAGCUGCUGAACGUUGCAAAAUCUCCCUACCCCUGUCCGUGUCACCGUGAGGAACAAUGCCCUGGAUCCAAACAUCUCAAAAAUGCUGCUUCGUUCCACCACUCAGGUUGAAUGUGUUUUAUGUCCACGUGAUGUUUGCUCCCAAGCCGACCUAGUUCGCCACGCGGGGUGAGGAACCGUAACCGAAUUUAAGCAAGCUGCAACUGAAUAAGUGUCUAUUUAAUUUAAUUAUUUAAAACAUUUCACACGCAACUCGGGUGUUUGCGCGCGAGAAAGAGAGAGAGACAGCGCGCGCCUCGGUUUCCUUCGUCAGGUGUCUGCUACUAGAAACUCAACGUCAUUUCCCUCCGUUGGAUCCCCGUCUUUGGACUUUGUGAAAAGUGCGUGCCGUUCAGACGCUUGGGCCAGUUUUUGAAUGUACCCCCAGGACACGUCCGAAGACCGCUCGUCGCCGUAGCCUGUCCUUUGGCUAAACCUGAAUUUCCGAGAUCCGACUGGCAAUUGCAGAGGGUUUGAGCAACCCGUGCGUUGUGGGAAAGGCUGCCGGGUCCGUUUCCCCCACUCGAGUGUCUCCUUCCGUGGGUGUUUCUUCACCCAACCUUUGCAGGAUGCCUUUUGCAACCGUCGCCUGCAACGUCCUUUUGUAGGCCUCUCAGCGACUCCUUUUGAAGUGCUGGCCCUCUUUCCUUUUCUGCAUUUCUCCCCGUCUUUUGCCACUUGGUCCUUGGGCAUCUCGUCCCUGUUCCGCAGAGUUAUUUUAUAGCUCAGGUUGGAUUUCUAGCCUGCACCCAGAAGUAAGCGAGGAGAACAGGUGCUGGGAUCUCUAGUAUCCGCUUGGAGGAGCCGUUUUCUUCAUUUUUUUUUUUAAUCCACUAAGUUUUUAUUGCGUUCAUUUUUAAUGUAGUGAUAUAUACGUCCUGACCGAUCUCAGCCACCUGGUUUUCUUGUUUCCUUCCCGAGGUUCUAGUUACAGACAACGUUCAUACUGUGAUUUUAUUUUAUUUUAUUUUUUUAAUUUGUAUUAUUUUUUUAAUGAUGAAAUGCUAUCAAAACUGUGAUACACUUAAUUCACUGGUCCUGCAUCAGGAGACAGAGUGGGGAAAACUGUAUUAAAUACAGUUCAUCUGAAUAAUCUGUCUGAUUUAUUCAAGCCGUGUUUGUUCAGAGAUGUCUCAAGUUUGAUCUUUGUUUUUUUAAAAGAUAAAAAGCACUUGCCCCACUUGUAAAUAUGUGGCAUGUAAAAUUUAUAUAGUAUAUAAAUCCGAGAAAUCAAAUCAAACAGGCUUCUGUGGUUAGUUCAGUUACAUCGGACUGUAGCGGGUGAGUAGAGGUGAGCCUAGAAUUUAUGUUACUAAGUGAGUUCCGAAUCCGGCUUCCCCGUUGACUUUCUUUGUCGGGUGGUCGCGAAAGGAGAUCACAUAACCCCUGGGACACGGCAACCGUCAUAAAUAUGAACCAGUUGCCAAAGCAUCCCAAUGUAAAUCGUGUGGCCCUGAGGAUUCUACAACGGUCAUAAGUGUGGAAAAUGGCCAUUAAUCCCUUUUUUCAGGGCCCUUGUAACUUCAAAAGGACACAAAACAAACUGUUGUAAGUCAAAGUCCUAGCUUGACACAAAACGUUCAAUGGUGACGUGUGUGUAACCAGCUCUUGGUUGGAUUGUGCUACCGAAAACAUCUCAGUUACUUUCCCUUUAUUAGUAUUGUAGUAUUUAAGCAGAAACACUACAGGUAAUCUACGACGGGUCUGCAACCUUGACAACUGUAAGACUUGUGGACUUCAUAGCUGGCUGAGGAAUUCCAGGAGCUGAAGUCCACAAGUCUUAAAAGUUGUCAAGGUUGCAGAGCCCUGAUCUAAGUUACAAUCACAAUCGCAGGCAGAAUUUUGGUGGUUAAAUGAAUUAAGCCCAAUUUUACAAAUUUGGUGAAUUUAAGUGUAUGCUAAGCAAAUCUGGCUUUCCACAUUGAGAAGUUGCAGUUGACAAUCACACAAUCCUGGGACGCUGCAACCUUCAUAACUUGCUGGUUGCCAAUUGCCCAAAAUUUAACCCUGUGACCAGGGAUGCCACAACGGCUAUAAAAUGCGUUGUCACAAGUGUCUUUUUUUUUCAAUGCCCUUCGAACGGCUUCUAAACGAAUCAAGGACGUGUCCACCUUCCCCAAAUUCACUUUUUACGUCGAGACCUCAGCCACGGCUCCCUUGCCUAAAUGGAUUUUAAAAAAAAAACAGUCAUCGGAGAUUGCCACAGAUGGAUACGGAAUUAUAUUGCGCACUUUAUUGAUAACCAGGCACUCGAUCAAUACACAGAUGUACACUAUAUACAAGGUACUUUACACUGAGUGGUUAAGAAAUAUUGUACAAGAAAAUAGAACUGGGGGGAGUUACAGACUUAUUUGCAAUACCUGGCUUGAGAAAAAGGGCUUGGACAGAUGGAAAGCUUGUUCUCUCACUGUUUUUAAAAAACACACAAUUUGUGUCGUGAACGGUAUGAGGGCAUGAUUUGUUGACAAAGCGUAACAGGCUAGGAUUACAUCCUAAGCACAUUAAGCCAAAACGUCAGCUAGCUUAGAACAGCGUUUCUCAACUCUAGCAACUAUUAAGACGUGUGGACAUCAAUUCCCAGAAUUCCCUAGCCAGCAUGGCUGGCUGGGGAAUUCUGGGAAUUGAAGUUCACAUCUCUUAAAAGUCACCAUUGGCUCAGCAUAAUGGUCUCAGGUAUAUCCCUCUUAAUCACAACCUCAUUUUCAGAGGGCCACUAAAUCUAGCAGAAUUAUGCCCUGGAGGAAGGCCCUCAAUUCGUGAACCAUGGCUUGUCGGGAGCCAGCAUUAAACCUUCAUCUGUCUGGAGCCUUUUUUCCCCAGCAAGCAUCCCUAGAAAGCUAGGUCCUCCCUUUCGCAAAAAUAUAAGGCUUCUUUUUCUCCCCUCAAAAGUAGGAAGUCUUCCAAAUGUUCCAAACCUUAAAAAGUAUUUUUUUUAGUACCACACAUGGCCACCCACCCCAAAAUCUUCAAAUGAGCUUCCCAACCCAAAUUCCCUGCUAUGUUUCGCACCUGUCAGGCCAGCUGAAGCUAAAGUGCUAUUCAAUUCUC